CAGAGAUAUCAGAGGGACCUGAAGCUCCUGGUGCUGCCUCCAAGACACUGCUAGAGAGGAUAAAUGACCAUAACACUUAUGCAUAACUGGAUCCCCGACAACCAUGAGGAUUAUUUCCUGCCAGUCGACUCUUGUGGCUGUAGUUGCGGUUGCUGUUAUUGUGGUGUACUACACUGAAGCUAAGACUACUCCGAAGCCAAAGUACCAGUACACCAAGAAACCCGUACCUCAGAUCACGGUCCACAGCCCUGUAACCACCAGCGUGCCCAAGACUCUUAAGAUAGUCCCAACUGCAAAUCCUGUGAAGCCCCACCCCCCGCCCAACCCAGUGAGGACCACCAACCCAAGUCAUGUCUUUCCACAGCACUACCCUGACAGCACCGGGCCACCCGGUGUUGGUCCUGAGAACUACACCCUGGAUUACAACGAGUGUUACUUUAACUUUUGUGAAUGCUGCCCGCCGGAGAGAGGACCCAGGGGCCUGAAAGGAGAAAGAGGCCUGACAGGGCCACCUGGAGAAAAAGGCCUUACAGGAGCAGCUGGUUUACCUGGGCCACCUGGUGUCAGUGGUCCUAUGGGCUUAAAGGGAGAAAAAGGGGAUAAAGGUGACAGAGGAAACAGUGGGCCAAGUGGGCCACUAGGAAUUCCAGGAAAACCAGGACCAAAAGGUGAUGUUGGCUACAAAGGGGAAAAGGGUGAAGUAGGACUGCAAGGUCUCAAAGGAGAAAAAGGGCAGAAAGGAGAACCUGGCAAGAAUGGGACUGCUGGUGAGAAAGGAGAACCUGGAAAAGAGGGGCCAGCUGGGCCUCCAGGAGUGGCUACAGUACAAGGACCAAAAGGAGAUAAGGGGGAUAGAGGAGAGUGUGCCUCAUAUGGAGAGAAAGGACAAAAAGGUGAACCAGGUGAACCUGGAGCUCCUGGAAUCCCAGGAGCGAUGGGAAUUCCAGGACAGAAUGGCAAGCAUGGCUCCCCAGGCCCUAUAGGUGUCCGAGGGGAUCCGGGAGCUCCUGGACCACAAGGAGAACCAGGGGUGAGGGGGCUAGAAGGACCACAAGGUAUAAGAGGGAUGCCAGGACCGAGAGGGGAAAGAGGUUACCCCGGGAUGAGAGGUGAGCGGGGUUUUCGUGGAUUCAAAGGUGCUAAGGGUUCUGGAUCAGGGGUUCCCCAGAAACGCUCUGCCUUCAGCGUAGGUAUCUCUCCGAGAAAGUCUUUCCCUCCGUCAGGCUUCCCGAUCCGCUUCGACAAAGUCUUCUACAAUGAAGAGAACCACUUCAACAUAACUUCCAACAGCUUUACAUGCGUCUACCCUGGAGUUUAUGUCUUCUCCUUCCACAUCACCGUGCGCAAUCAGCCGCUGCGAGCCACGCUGGUGGUGAACGGGUCACGGAGAGUGAGGACACGGGACUCUCUCUACGGUCAAGACAUCGACCAGGCCUCCACUCUGGUGGUGCUGCGGUUGGCUGCAGGCGAUCAGGUGUGGAUGGAGACGCUCAGAGACUGGAAUGGAGCGUAUGCCAGCAGUGAGGACGACAGCAUCUUCUCUGGAUUUCUGCUUUACUCAGACAAGCCGUGAUACACACUUUGUGCUUACUAUCACAAAGUCUGAAUACUGGUGGUGCUAGUGUACAUGCUGGUCUGCACGUCUUCUAUUAUUGCCUAGCCUCUUCUUAAGAAGGGAUAGUACUCGCCACACACCAAUGCUGCUGCAGAGUAGCGCUCCAAAGUUUUGAUCGACACCACCCUAGUUAAACAUAAUGGUUAAAUACAGUCCAAUUUUUUAAAAAACACACACAGUGAGUAAAGCAUCCUAAUAAAUACCACUGAGUUAAUUAUUGGAAGAUGGCUUUCACAAGUAGUAAAAGAUCAUAAACUAAUCUCCAGUUAUCCAGACAGAAGAAAAAAAGUUUUUUUAAAUGAUAAAAGUGUAAAAGUUCAAUAUUUAGCAUAAAAAAUGUAUAUAUUUACCCAACAUUUUUGUACACAUGCAAUGCCUCCUUAUGUUAAAGCAUCCUAAUUAAAAGUAGCAGCAGUAAGUGAGAGAUUGUGCAGAAGUUUAUUAUUCAGCUACCAAAGCAAAAGAUAAAGCACAAAAAUGUGAUCAGUGCUUUUUAUCUAUUUGUCAGCAAGAUUACCGUGUUCCUCUACUGAUUCCUUCAGUUAACCUUCAAGUCAAUGCCCUGACCCAGUGUCACCCUUGCCUCAUUUGCAUGAAACGAAAAAGCUCUUUCGUUUUGGGUCCCACUUUUUUCUCACGAUUUAACCGCUGCUUCCUUUUUAGUUGUUUUCACCUAUAAUGACCUAAGCUGUGUGAACAUGUAUGCAUAAUGUGAGGAAUAGAAAGGACAAAUGUGUUGUGGCAAAAAAUGACUGCACCCCUGUGUCUUAUUAAACCAGUGAUUGUAAUAUAUAAGAAGUGUUGCUCAAAUAUGGAGCGGUGUAAAAAGAAAUUGUGUUCACAGAAAAUAAAAUC